AUGGAAUCUGAAGAAGAAAAAUAUAUCAUGACAAUCCUUGGGCCUAAGAGUAUGGGGCCAGAAGACAUUUGCUUACCAUAUGAGCAUCUCACGAGUGAUCUUUCAUCUGCUAAUAUUGAUCACUCUGACGAUAAACUUCCAAGAGAAGACUUGAAGCUUGAGUUUAAGAAUUUAUCCAGACUUCGAAAAUACCCAUAUAAUUCACUUGAGAACUGAGUCCAGUCAGAUACAGUUUAUACUCUUGGCCAUGAGCUCUUGUAUGCAGCUGAUUUUGGAGUAAAGUUCGUCAUUGAUACCACUCCUAAAAUUUUUGGAAAGGACUGGGAGAAAUUACAAAAAGUUACUGAAGAAGUUGGGGAUAAAAUUUCAAUCAUCACUGGAUGCUCCGGCCUAGCAGAUUCAACGCUUGAUGUACUAGCAAGAAAGAAAAUUAACCUCACAUCUGAACAGUUUGAUCUUCAGGUUCAAAAAUGUAUAAAUGACUUUACUUUUGAAUUAAACACAGGAUAUUCAGGACUAAAGGCAGGAUUUAUUGGAGAAAUAGUUAUUCUUAAUUUGAAUCAGAUUGAGAAAGCAAGACUCAAAGCAGCUAUAACUGUAUCAAAAGAAAUUGGAGUUCCUGUGUUCUUAUCAAUAGAUGAUAACUCAGAAAUACUUCCAGACCUGAUAGAUUACAUAAUUAAAGAUUUAGACUACGAUAGUGAAAAAGUUAUCAUACAGAUGUCAAAACUCGACUCUUCCUUUAUUUCUUCUACUUCUCAGGCAACAGUGGGUUCCUCAAGCUUGGCCUCCCCUGCAUCUCAUCAUACAAGCCCAUGGAACUUACUCUCUAAGACUCGCUUCAGUAUAUGCUUCACUCAGUACUCUAGAGGGCUAAGCUAUAUCGCUGGUCACUGGGUGGCAGACAACUUUGGAUUGGAGGAAGGUAAAUCUGAGGAUGAGAAAUUAGGAGUUGGCAAAAAGAUGAAUGCAACAUCCACUUGUCGCCCACCUCAGAAUUAUCAAAUUCGAUCGAAUUUACCUUCCAUUUACUCCUUCCUUCAGGAAAUCAAGCUAGAUGACCCUAUUCUGGAGAGGCUCUUAGUCUCUACGGGGAUUUCUUUCAAAUCUCAGCUCUUGCAAUUUGGAGGAGAUGGAUAUUCCUCUGUAUUUGAAGGCAUCACUCAGGAUAAAUAUGCUUCCCCAAUAGACGAGAGAAUUAUUAGUCAAAUUUUUAACGAAAACCCAAAAAGAAUCUUCAGCUAUUGGACCAAGCCUCCAGUUGAAGAAGUAGAGAUCCCAAUGUUCACUUGAAGAUGGUGUGACGAUGAGUUCCUUGAUGAUGGAUCACGCCCAAAGUUCGAGAAAUUUGAAAAUACUUAUUGCUCCAUGAAGUGCUUGGCAGAUCAUAGAAAGUUUGGAUUUGAGUAACAAAUUCAACCAA